AUGAAGGUGAUUAGUAGACGCUCUUUUGACGGCGGCAGACCCGCAUCAGCCGGGAAAGGGCCCUGGGACUCUCCUGCUGCUGUCGGCAAUUCCAAGAGCGUGAGGCUCGGCGAUGGGAGGUCCGGUGAUGGGAGGUCCGGCGAUACGAGGUUAGGCGAUGGGAGGUUCGGCAGCAGCAGCGCGGUUCUGCACGAGAGAGGGAGUGAGACGAGCAGGAGAAGGGGAGGGGGGGCGGGCGGGCUGGGUUCCACAGUCCAGAGGAGCAAAACGAGGGACAGCAUAACGGAGUAUGAACCGGUUCCUGUAGGCAUAACAGAGGUCUGGCAAGCGUAUGAACCGGCGGGAACAAGCAGAGCAGAGGGCGUGCAAAGGUAUGGACUGUCGCCCAAGGGCAGAGCAGAGGGCGGGCACGCGCGUGAAGCGGCUCCCACAGGCAGAGGGAGGAAGCUUCCGGACUAUGGCCCACGGCCAAUGAGCUCUGGGAGCGGCGGGUUGCAGAGUGUGGCUGGAGAGCUCACCCGAGCCACCGACAACUGGGCGGCGGAGAACAGGCUCGGCCGAGGCUCGUUCGGCACGGUGUACAAGGGACGGCUGCUAGGCUGCAUGGUGGCAGUCAAACGCCUGGAAGGCGGCGGGUGGCAGGGCAGCGCGGAGUAUAGAAUGGAGGUGGAGGUGUUGUCUCGGAUGCGGCAUCCGCAUAUAGUGCUGCUCAUGGGUCACUGCCCUGAUGAGAUGAGCCUUGUGUAUGAGUACUUGCCUGGAGGGAGCUUACAGGACUUUCUUAAUGUGAUUGCUGCUGGGAACAGCAAGGGUGGUGGUGUGGGAGGUGUGGGUGGUGCGGGUGGUGUGGGUGGUGCGGGUGGUGCGGGUGUUGGGAGUUGGGGAGGGAGCGCCCGGGGCGGCAGGAAACCGUUGACUUGGUUUGACCGGGUGAGAAUCUUAUCUGAGGUGGCCGGGGCGCUGAUGUACCUCCACCAGAAUGACCCACCCAUCGCGCACCGCGACUUAAAGCCCGACAACAUUCUCCUCGACACAAGCCUCGCCUCUAAAGUGGCCGAUGUGGGCCUUGCGCGGUUACUCAGUGACGUGGAAAAUGUAACCGCGCGGGUGAGAGGCACGGUGGGGUAUAUAGACCCGGAGGAGCUUGAGACUUGUGAGAUUUCGGUUUUAUCGGAUGUGUAUGCGUUUGGGCUGAUAGCGCUGCAGCUGCUGCUGGGUGAGCCGAAUGUGAAGGAGUUGCAUCGGAGGCUGGGGCGGAUGCAGGAGUGGAUAGGGAAGAGCAUGGGUGGGGUAGGGUUGGGAGGAGUGGGCAUGCGGGGUGGUGGGUUUCAAUCGGUAGAGAUGGACAGUACAAGGGUUAUGGCUCGGACUGUUGAGGAGAUAGUGAGGGAAGUUGAUGGUUCGGGGGGGCAGUGGCCCUUGCCUGUGGCUCGGAAGCUGACGGAGCUGGCGCUCCGGUGUGCGAUUCGGCAGCGGGAGGCUCGGCCGAACCUGGUGGAGGUGGUGCAGCCGGCGAUGGGUGAGGUGAUGGAGGAGGCGGAAGUGGAGAUGGGGAAGCGGAGAAGGAGCUUCGACGAGCAGUGUAUGUGCCCGCUGUCGCAGAAGUGCAUGACAGACCCAGUGGUGGCAGCUGAUGGGUUCACGUACGAGCGCAGCAGCAUCGAGCGCUGGCUUCUCACCAACUCUGUCUCGCCACGCACCGGCCAGCCCCUCCCCCACAAGCACCUCACACCCAACCACACUCUCAAGCUACUGCUGCACAGCCAGUAG